GAGUGCUAUUUUUUUCAGCUAACCUCUAUCAACGUCGGUUGGCCGAGUGGUUGAAUGCAACUUUGUUGUAACUACGAGAAAUUGAUCAGAAAUGGUUUCGAGAACAACGUCGAGAAGGAUUCCCGAGGUGGAACCGCGUAUUGACUACGUGCAAUGCGACGGACUGGUGGUGAUGAAGAUGGUGAAGCACUGCCACGAGGAAUCCUCUGGCAACAUGGAGGUUGCCCAGGGCGCUCUUCUCGGCUUGGUCGUGCAGAAUCGUUUGGAAAUCACCAAUUGUUUCCCGUUUCCCAAGAAUGAUGAGAUCAUGGAUGAGGAGGAGUAUCAGCUCGCCAUGAUGCGGAGAUUGAGAUGGGUGAACGUUGACCACUUCCAUGUCGGUUGGUAUCAGAGUGCAGAUGUCGGCAACUUUUUGAAUCUAUCUCUGCUGGAGUCACAGUACCAUUAUCAAACUUCUAUCGAGGAAUCAGUUGUGCUUAUUUAUGACACAGCGAAAUCUGCCAGGGGUUUUCUGACUCUUAAAGCGUAUCGACUCACUCCACAAGCGAUACAGAUGUACAAGGAAAAUGAGUUUACUCCUGAAGCUCUGCGCACUUUAAAAAUUGGAUACGAAAGUCUCUUUGUUGAAAUCCCAGUAGUCAUAAAGAACAGUAAUCUGACAAAUAUUAUGAUGUCGGAAUUGGAUGAAAUGAUUCCUGAGGAACAGGGUACGAAGUAUCUGGAUCUUGGAACAGCCACAGUGUUAGAGAACCAGUUGAGAUGCUUAAUGGAUCGAGUGGAUGAAUUGAACCAGGAAGCGAUGAAGUUUAAUAGAUACCAACAAUUGGUGGUUCGACAGCAGCAAGAUAAGAAUAGGCUCUUGGCUAAGAGGGCUCAAGAAAACGCUGCCAGGGCUGCAAAGGACGAACCACCGCUACCCGAUGAUGAUAUCAAUAAGUUGAUGAGACCCCUCCCAGUUCCACCAAGAUUAAAUCCAAUGAUUGUUGCUGGACAAAUUAACACAUAUAGUGAACAUAUUUCGCAAUUCUGUGCUCAAAGCUUAGCAAAAUUGUAUAUCACUCAAAGUUUACAAAACGCAAAGGAGGCAAAGUCUUCCCAUUGAUAAGAUCAAUGUAUUACAAAUACUUAUAAAAUAUUUAAAGAAAUGACUACAGAAUUAAAUAAAAGGGACAUACGAUU